GCUGAGGUCAUCAUCAGAUUUGAAAUAAUUUAAAGUGGAUAGAGAACUGUUUCAGCAAUGCAGACAAUUAAGUGCAUUGUUGUGGGUGAUGGUGCUGUUGGAAAAACAUGUCUCCUGACAUCCUACACAACAAACAAAUUUCCAUCUGAAUAUGUACGGACUGUUUUUUUGUUUUGCCCGACUGUUUUUGACAACUAUGCAGUGACAGUUAUGAUUGGUGGAGAGCCAUAUACUCUUGGACUUUUUGAUACUGCAGGGCAAGAGGAUUAUGACAGACUACGACUGCUGAGUUAUCUACAAACAGAUGCAUUUCUAGUCUGUUUUUCUGUGGUUUCUCCAUCCUCAUUUGAAAAUGUGAAAGAAAAGAGGGGGCCUGAGAUAAUUCACCAUUGUCCAAAGACUUCUUUCUUGCUUGUUGGAACCCAAAUUGAUCUCAGAGAUGACCCCUCUAUUGAGAAACUUGCCAAGAACAAACAGAAAUCUAUCAUUCCAGAGACUGCUGAAAAGCUGGCCUGUGACCUGAAGGCUGUCAAGUAUGUGGACACACACACAGAAAGGCCUAAAGAAUGUAUUUGAUGAAGCAAUAGUGGCUGCCCUGGAGCCUCCAGAACCGAAGAAGAGCCGCAGGUGUGUGCUGCUAUGAACAUCUCUCCAGAGCCCUUUCUGCACAGCUGGUGUCAGCAUUAUACUAAAAGCAAUGUUUAAAUCAAACUAAAGAUUAAAAA